GGGUGAGAGCUAUGUGGCGCCUCGGCUAGAGCGUUCUGGAAGCAUCUGAGGCUGUAGUGGCGGCGCGGCGCUCUACGGCCCUGUCCACCAGCGCGGGGGGGAGGAAAGGGGAUGUCUUUGGGCAGAAUACAGGAGCCAAAACCGGGGUGACGGGAAGGGUGAGGACAGACACACCGCGGAUUCAGAAAGGUGCAAUGCCGAGUGCCCCAACAGCAGAGAGCCCCUUGCCUUCCUCAGCAGGCUCUGAGGAUGGUUCCAGAGUAAAGCACUGGGGGCUGUGGAUCAUGGGUGGUGUUGGUGGGACCCUGGUGGCACUGUAUGCUGUUGUGACCCCCUUCGUGGCUCCGGCUCUGAGGAGAGUUUGCCUGCCCUUUGUUCCUGCAACUUCAACUCAGAUCGAGAAUGUCCUGAAAAUGUUGCGAGGCAGAAGAGGCUCUGUAGUUGACAUUGGUAGCGGGGAUGGCCGUAUUGUGAUAGCAGCUGCUAAAAGGGGAUUUGAAGCAGUUGGUUAUGAGUUAAAUCCCUGGUUAGUCUGGUACUCUAGAUACCGUGCCUGGAGGGAUGGGGUACAUCACAACGCCAAAUUUUAUAUUUCAGACUUAUGGAAGGUUUCUUUUUCACGUUAUACAAAUGUUGUUGUUUUUGGGGUGCCUCAAAUGAUGCCAGAGCUGGAGAAGAAGCUCAAAGAAGAACUUGGAUGUAACGCCAGAAUCAUUGCUUGUCGUUUUCCAUUCCCGUGCUGGAUCCCAGAUCAUACAACUGGAGAGGGAAUAGACACUGUGUGGGCCUAUGAUUUGAAACAUUCUAGAGGAUGUGAAGCAAGAAACUUGGAAGUUACACCAGAAGGAGAAUCUUGAACAUCCUGUUUGUUUAUGUACUGAAAUUUUCAACUUUGACUUCAUUUGUUAGAUGAUAAGUGUAAUGUAACCUAUAUCUCAGGUUAUGGAGGUUUAUAAUCUCUAAAACGUUGGGGAGUACAUUGAUCAUUUGAAAACAUAGAAAGGUGUAGUUGAAGGAUGUAAUGUGGUUGAUUAAAGAAUAUGAGAAAUCGUUACAGAAAUCAAUAACUGUGAUAUGGAAAAUUGAGUAAAACAAGGUUCAAUAAUGUUAAGGGAAGCAUAUAAGUUCAAGUACUUGAAUUGGCUAACCUAAAACGUAUUCUUUUCGAUACUGUGUAGCAUUUGCUACUGUUCUUGGGAGUGGUGUGCCAGUGGCUUCUCAAAUGAGCCGUAGUUCCCAAAUGUCUUCAUUAGGUAAGCUAAACAAGCAUAAUCAAUGUACAUCAUACAUCAAACUGUUGCAAACUGAGUGUAAAGAUGCGGAUACUUUGCACUUCAGCCAUAAAUGUGUGUUUUUAAAUGGGAUAUGAUACAACAAGCAAAUAUAACGAGUAUAUUCUUUAACAGACUUGCAUCCCUUCAUUAUAAUUGUGUGUAUUUCUGUGAAGACAAAACUGCAGAAAUGAGUUUUUGUUGGCAUAAGUCUUUGCAGAUGACCCUGAUUUUGUCCUAAGGUCUCUGAUUUAGGAAGAAUUUCAAAAGUCACCUACUUGGCCAUGAAUUUUGAACCCUUUGUGCCCAAACCUUGGAUAUGGUAUGUGUGAGACUUGCUUGCUUGAGCGUGUCAGGAAGACAAUCUCUGAUUCCACAGGAAGUUGGUCUGGCUAGCUUCAUUAAAUCUGAGUUGACCUGGUCUCAUUUUCUCAUUUAUAGUGAGAUGGGCAAGGAUUUUUCCAGUUGAGCUUAUUUUUACUCUGAGCUGUGUCAUGUGAGGUCCUUCAGAAUCAUGGCAUCACUGCUUGGCUUUUCCUUGGAAGUGAAGCAAGUUCUCCCUGUCGCUCUCUUUGAUAGUGAUUUGCAGUGGGGAGCUGUCACUGCCCUAACAUUGUCCUUUCUAACCUGGUAACAUGGUUACAGCACUUCCCUAUUUUGUAACAUUCUGCUUGCUUUGUCUUUCCUUGGGUUCCCAGGUAAAGUUUGACUUAUCUUCACUAAUUAACAGCGAGUCAAAAUUAAAUAAUAGCUUACCUUGGCCCCAUUUAAUUACAAAAUAACAGAAUGGCUGCAAGCGGCCUCCGAAGGUAAUUUAGUUUAAUCCUGCACAAGCAGGGCUGCCUAAAGUCAGUUUCCACAGACUGUGUCAGUCAGCUUCUGAAUAUGUCUGAGGAGGGAGACUUUGCUAUGUAGUGACCAUGCAAGUUUGUCAAACCUCUGCGUGCGUGCUAUCUGUAGAACUAAGCUAGAUCAAGUUAGGAAGUUGUCACCUGACUGCUAGGCAAUUGCUAACAUAACUAAAAUUAGCUCAGGCCAAGGGAAUUUGCAGAGACUGCUUUUUGGGUCAACACAAAGCCUGUGAAGUUUCAUUAGCAGUUGAAAGACAUAUUUCUUGGACUUACAGUAUCUGACUUGAAGAUAAAUGGUACAGUAGAAUGUUUUUCUUCUGUACACAAAAAGAAGAAAGGAGCAAAUAUAUAUGCUGGAGUGUGCAAUGGGAAAGAUGAUUGCAGUCUGGCAUGUGGUGAAGCACAGCUGUGAACAUCAGGACUAUCUCUUGAAGAAUACUUUUUACUGGUAAACCAUCUUUUACAGCAUUUCACUGCAAUGUCGCAUAGUAGAUCUUGUAAAACGACACUAAACUCUUUCCAACAUUAUUUAAGGGUUAUGAAUAUUACAGUGAUAGGACUGGGCUACAGUGGCUUACCUUAAAUGUCUACAUUUACUUUAAUAUCCAUUUAAUGGCCAUAAAACUGGGAUCUCAGACAAAGGAUGUCUGAAACUAUUUCUACUAAAAAAGGCUGUACAGAAGGGAUGUUAGCAACUGAGCCAAGAGUCCUUCCCUGAAAAUUUGUAGAGGGGAAGAAGCAAAAGAUUUUGAUAAAGUGAGUUGUGACUCAUCUGUCAUGCUUUGCUUUGACCUGUCUUUCUGCUACUUGCUCUCACUAACAUUCACACAGGUUAGUUGGCAUGGAAUGAAGUAGAUAUGUUUUCCCUUGUGUUUGGCUGUGUAUUUGUCUGUUGUAUUAUCAUUUACUUGCCUGUUAAAACAUAAAUCUGAUUUUCUCAGUUCUGCCUUUAAAAGACUCUGGUGUGGACUUAGUUAUCGCCUAUUGCUUCAGAAAUACUUGUUGAAGAGAGUGAGGUAGAAUUAAUGAUGUGAUGGCCUGAGCUUUAAGAACAUUAAGUACUGUUCUCAAGGCGAGGAGGAAUUUAUGAUUGCUUUUAAAGCAAAGCAGAGGCCUAUUUCUUACUCUGGACAUAUACCUUUUGUUAAGGGUCUACACUGAGAUACACAAUGGUCUACAGGGUUUUUAUUCCUUAUUGCAUAAAGGAAUGCAGUGCAUUUCCUGUUGUCAUGGAUGACGUGCAAAACAGAAAGCAAAUUGCUCUGAUUUAUACAGAGAACCAAGAAAGCAUUUUCUUUUCAUGUCAUCUUCAAUUUUCCCAAUCACUUGUUAGUAUUUAAUCUAGUAAGGUAUCAAACGAGCAUAACCAUGGUUUCAGUUUUCACUGUAUGGAUUAUUAUGUUACUACACUUCCAAUUGCUCAGGUAAUUAUGAUUUCAUUGAUGUGCUACUUCAAAGUACCAAUUUGUUACUUUUGAAAACUAAAAAAGCCUUAGAGAACUGGCUUAAUCGAAUUACAGUGCCAGUCUGAAGCCACAAGAAGGAAACCCCCAAGCUAUGCAUGCUGCUGUUCAAAACCAAAGUAAUUCAGAUGCACAGGAGAAAAACGGUAGUUUAUCUUUGAUUGUUUUCUAGUAGAAUCACCUGAGUUUUGGGAGCUACUUGUUUUAUUCCUUCCUUGUCCUGAUGUAUCUUCGCAAAAAAUAAUGUUGCCGCAUUGCUGAAUGAGUAAUGCUUUACUGAAAUUCGGUAGAACUUGAUCUGUUUGAAAACAAAAUAAAAUGUAGUUCUUUGGGCAGUGGUUUGAUUCUGAGAGAGCCAUCUGAUAUGCAAGUCGCUUGGUGUAUACUGCACAGUCAGUAUGGCUACCUCAGUCUCACCCAAGCUUGUCCAGAUUUGUGUAUUUGUUUUAUGAGCUUUAGGCAUUUCUGUAUUACUAGGUGUAUUCAAGUUCUUGACUUACCCUCUGGAGUGUGAUAAUAUACUGUCACUUAAUCUAAUACUGCUCUGAGGAAGCUCAUCCUUUGUCUCUGCACUGCUGUUUGUUUGUGACUUAUGAAUUGUAGCCAGGUAAGGAGAUGCAGAAUCAAAUUUAGAAUGCAGUACUGCAUUUCACAAGUGUAGGUGAAUGAGUAUUAUUUGUGGGGAAAACACUUCCAGGGCCCAGGCUUAGGGAAAGUCUUUUACCUUUAAUAAAGGAUGCAUCUCAUGAGGCACCGGAGAUCUCCUACAUUCUGCAUUAGUAUUAUUUUAAAGACAUUUCUCAUGUGAACAUAAUUUAAAAAAUGUCCCCACCAUCACAAUAUCCUUCUGAGAUCUGAAGAGCAAGAAAGCAGAGGCAACAUCUUGUUCAUCUUCUAUGUUGUGUACUGUGGGGAGGAAAAAAAGGAAGGGUAUCUAUAGCCAGAGUACGGCACUUAGAGCCAUUCCAAAAGCAGUCUGACAGACUUGCAUCGUAUCUGUAUGUAUUACUCAUUGGAUUUGUGCAUUCAUAUUAAGAAUGAGGUGUGGUGAAAUGAGAGUCAGAAAUGAGGCUGAUGCCAUUAUGCUUGAAUGAGUAGGAAUUCCUCAUAGAUCACCUCAGACUUCUGUAGUUUAUUUUUAUGAUGGUUUGCAAAUGCUGAAGCAUUAUUCAAGGAAACAUGAUUCUUUCAAAUACAUGAUUGAAGAGGGCACUCUAACAUCAGAUUUAAUGACAAUACAUUCUGAUUUAAGUUAUUUUUCUUUUCCUAAGUUUGCAAAUGUCUAGUUUUAUAAUGUAGCUACAACCUGUUUUUUUAGAAAUAACUCAUUUCUGCCAGGAGAGCUCUGGAAUACUUGAUUAAAAAUGUGGCUUCUAUAUUUAAUUGUUAAAAAUCACUCCCAAGUGUGAAAGCUGUAAAAAUUAAUCUUCUUGGUAAUUUUUUUUUUGUUGGUUAAUCUUUAUUCAUCCUCAUAGCCUUUACUUAUGAAGACUGUUAGCUGUCAGUUCUUUCUUCAUUCUGUUUUCUGAUUUCUUCCUGUUACUUCAGCAUUUGCUUUUAUUUUUCAUACUGUCUUCGUACAGUUUUGAGUGUGUGCUUUCAUAAAUUCAUCAGAGCUUCUCAUUUCCUUUCAUUUUCUGUAAACUGAUAGUUUUUUUUUUUCCAGUAAACCUUGUAGGAAGACUUAGUAUGUUGCAGGAAUGUCCUUUUUCUCUGUAGAUUUUUUCAACAUGUAUUUAACUAACCCCUUGUUUUAUUUAGCUGUGUGCUGACAUAGCAUGAUUUUUGUUUCCAGUAAAUGAAAGAAAAACACAUCCACCCAUAUGGUAUUUAGACUGAAAAACAGCCUUGGUCUACAACAAUUCCGACAGUUUAGUAGUUUUAAGUACUUAAUUUUGCAUUUUUAUUGUAUUUCAUCACUUGGGAAAUGAACACAGGCCUUUUAUACAUUCAGUAGUUCCUCUUGUUUGGGUUAUUUAUUCAGGUGGGAUUUUUGCUGAUUUCUUUUUCUUAGUAUAAUGUUGGGUUUUCUAUUACAGUCUUUGGUUGAAAUGUGGGACUGAUGUUUUUGCUGUGAAUUGCUGAGUAGUCCUUGAAAAAUCACUGUAAUGCUACUGAGUGAACUGCUAUGAUUGGUUUAAAAAACAAAAUUAAAUAAAAACUGCUUUACCAGUAAAUGUGAAGGGAUACUUCUUGGUUUACUGUGUAUAUUGUGCUCUUUAAAAAUAAAGUAGGUUUUGGAAGA